CUGUAGGGUUUUACACUAGGGUUUUGCUUUCACUCCCGCGAUCAAUGGAAACGCCGCCUCAGAAUCCCAUUUCCAGUGGUUGACUUUUUACAUUCGUUCUUGUCGUCUGAACAGAUCAUACACGGGGCAGAACGAGAGACAAGUUUAGAUCCUGCUUCACAAUGGAAGCACGUGUUGGUGUCUCCAGCCAUGGAGCUGUUGUGGUGGAUGGAAAUGCCAGAAAGUUAUUGCAGACACAGCAACAUCUUCGGUCCGUCCAGCAGCCUUCCACUGUUCAGCCGCAAUCGCAUAUAGGGACCGUGCCUCAGCUUCUGUCUGGAGGCAUUGCUGGCGCGUUUAGCAAGACCUGCACUGCCCCUUUAUCUCGUCUCACUAUUCUCUUUCAGGUUCAAGGUAUGCAUUCUGAUGCAACAUCAGUAAGAAAUGUUAGCAUGUGUCGUGAGGCUCUACGAAUAGUUAAUGAAGAAGGGUUUCGAGCAUUUUGGAAAGGCAAUCUGGUUACAAUUGUUCACCGCCUUCCAUACUCUUCAGUCAAUUUUUAUUCUUACGAGCAUUACAAAAGCUUUUUGAAAUCUGUACUCUGUACGGAAAACCAUCGGAGAAAUGCUGGGACAGAUGCCUUGGUGCACUUUGUAGGCGGUGGAAUGUCGGGAAUGACAUCUGCCUCUGUUACAUAUCCAUUGGAUCUUGUCAGAACUCGACUAGCUGCUCAGAGAAAUACAAUGUACUAUAAGGGCAUGUGGCAUGCACUUCAUACUAUUUGUAGAGAAGAAGGAGUUUUGGGUCUGUACAAAGGGCUUGGAGCAACUCUACUGGGGGUUGGACCCAGUAUAGCAAUAAGCUUUUCAGUGUAUGAGUCCUUGAGAUCUUAUUGGCAGUCUAUAAGGCCUCAUGAUUCGACCGUUGUGGUAAGCCUUGCAUGUGGCAGUCUUUCGGGCAUUGCAUCGUCAACAGCAACAUUCCCAAUAGACCUUGUGAGAAGAAGAAAGCAGUUGGAAGGGGCUGGUGGUCAAGCUCGAAUCUACAAUACAAAUUUAUAUGGACACUUUGCCCAUAUAUUCCGUGGUGAAGGCAUGCGUGGAUUUUACAGAGGAAUUCUUCCCGAAUACUAUAAGGUUGUUCCUGGUGUGGGAAUCGCUUUCAUGACUUAUGAAACUCUGAAGAAGCUUCUGUCAACUGAAAAUGUCGCACCUUGACGGUAGUACCCUUCUCCCAUGAUUCUUUUGGCCCUGUGUCUCUCGUGUAUCAGUUUUGUAGCAGCUCAUUGUUACGGUUGGAAACCAAAAUUUACUAGUGAGUAGGAUUUGUUCAAGUUAUUGGACACGGAAAACCCCCAGACGUGCAUUGUUUCUUCGUGGGAGUUACUUUGUUAUGUAUAGGUUAUAAUAGUAUACUACAAACCCCUGUUAGCAGUUAUUAAAAUACAUCAUUAAGGCUUUAUUUCUUGUAAGUUUAACAUGAGUUUUAUUUUUGACAACCAGAGUAAUCCAUUAAUUAAAUAGUAACAACUCUUUUCA